AUGACAGACCCGGCGCCCCCGAGACGAACAUUGCCGGCUCGAGAGCGAGGAGAUUCUCGAGCCACCAAACGAAGACCUUCAUCCCCAGCUCAGCCUGUGGCCGCGCCAACGCCUGGCAAGGCCUCGACACCAACUCCAUCUCUCGAGCCUCCGCGCCAGAAACGCAAAUACACGAAACGCGUCAAGCUAGUUGGAGCAACAGAUGCGACGGAGGAGGCAUUACCAACUCGAUUUGGGGCUCACAAGCCUUUGCCAACUUCUGCAGAAAAGCCACCGACAGACCUAUCACCAAAUGAAUAUCAAUCUAUCGCCGAAAGCGCUGUCCUUGCCGCAUCCCUUCAUCAUUCCCGUAUGCAGUGGCUAUGUGAAGGCGUUUUCAAAAAGUACUGGGUCAAGCCUGUCAAGAGGAAAGGUGUGAUUGAGGCGCCCCCGAACAAUCCUGAUGUCAAGUCUAUGCAGAAGUUGGGUGGUGCGACGGUUACCAUUGAACCACAUAUAUUCGACGUCGUUUUCUAUACAGUCAAAGAUCCGUCUGCUCCUCAGCUAUAUCAGCGUCACGCCAAUCAACAUACUGCAAAACAUAUGAUCCCUCCAGCACCACCAUAUGGUAUGUACCAACCACCUGGGUCGCAUCCGAUUCCCAGACCGCCGGCCCAAGUACCUCCGCCUUCACAGAGGCCAACUGGAACACCUCCGGUCCCAAACAUGGCUUCGCAGGCACAGCCACAGCCAACACCUCCCGCUGGUCACCCCGCGAAAUUACCCACGCCUACCGGUCCUACCGGUCCUCCAGGUGACUCGACCCAACAAGAAGCCGUGCCUCGACAAGAGCAAAGCACCCCAGUCCCUCCAAAACAGGUCUCCGUUGCACCUUCGCCGAAAGCGUCUCCUUCGACACCACAACUUCCUCCACAACCGCCUCAAAAGACAACUAACCCACCGCCUGGACCCAAUGGGCGACCUACCACGACAGAUCCUGUCAUUCAGAUGUUAGCCGCGAGAGCUGCGUCAGACCCUAAACUGAAAGAACUGAUGAAGAUUGUUGCAACUUCCAAGGCCUCCCCAGAGCAACUGAAAGAAUUCCAGGCUCACAUUGACGAAUUCAACGAGGUAGUGCGACGACAAGAGGCCGAGCGACGGUCUAAAGCUGCAGAGCAACCACCAAACAGCAAAUCUUCGACCCCAGUAGCGGGUGGAGGCCCGAAACCCGUUCAGCCCGAGUCCAAACCACCCACGCCACAACAAGCACCUACUUCGCAUAUUCCCACCCCGUCCCCUGCACCGGUGGCGGCGCAUCCGUCCACAUAUGGUACACCACAACAUCAAGCACGUCCAACGCCAUCCCCCUCGAAUUCGACGCCUGGAAGCGUACCUAAAUUCCCUCCGCAGCCUCACGGUCUUGGUCCAGCGGGAUACGGAGGUUAUCGGCCAGUUCCGCCUCCGCCUCCUCCGCGGACUGAGCCAAUCAUCAAACACAUCGUCCUCGAGAUCACAAGCAUACCGUCUGGUGGUCAGCAAGCAUCGACAGAUCGUUGGCUCUUCCCUGAAUACGCAGUAUUGGAAUUACGGCAGGGAGGAUUGGAAAUGCUGUGCUCAUUUCUCGUCGAACGGCGGGGCUCCGAUGUCCUUGCUAGCAAGGGAGACCAACCUUCCGAUGAGGGCAGUAAAUGGAAAGCUGAUCAGGAAUACUACGAACCUGUGACCAUGACUGUGAGGGCAACUCACCAUCGCACCAUCGAAACGAUUGCGCGUGCAGCGAAAUUACUGCCGGAGGUGCAGGCCCACAUGAAAAACGUGCUGGAGAAAGCGGAACGGGCACCAAGGGAGUACUUAAUGCAUCAAUUGCCGCGCGACGAGGGGGCGGAUACAACGGAGGGGUUCAUUGACAGUGGAGUGGAACUUGGCAACGAGUCCGCCUCUGAAGACGACGAAUUGAAGGAUAUCUAUGGCAUCUGA